AUGCCGGAUGCGAAUAAAGAACUGAAGAAUACUAUUUCAUCGAUGAACAACCGACUGAAAACAAUGAAUCAAGACCUAGAGAAUCAGCGCGAGGAAACCGAGCUCCUAUCGGAAGAGCUUGACAACUUAGAGCAAUACUCGCGGAAAAAUUCCGUGGAAAUCCAUGGAAUACCACAAGAUGCCUACACAAACACGGAACAAGUUGUUAUUAAGCUAGCCGAAGCCCUCAACAUCACAGUAGAACCCGAGGAUAUAGAAAUAUCACAUAAAAUUAACAAGGGCAAAGCAAUCAUCGCUAAAUUCGUAAAUCACAAAGCAAAGGCGAGGCUGUACAAAGAGCGAACAAAACUAAAGGAUGUGAGGUUGCAUGAUCUGUUUCCAGGAUACCCUUCUUCUGGUAACCGUAGAAUAUACUUAAACGAGAACCUAACGCCAUAUAGAAGAGAGCUGGUUGAAGAAGCUAACAAACGCAAACACGAUGGAACUCUUGUCAGUGUGUGGACCUUGGACGGAAAAGUUUAUGUCAAGACCUCGCCGUCGGGGUCUCCGAUCAGGAUUAAUUUUCUAAGCGAUUGAAACGAUUUGUAAGGUUGCGUACUUUCCACAUUACCAACUUAUAACUAUAACCGGAUGCAAAGUGUGGUAAUUCAUGUUUACGAGCGUCGGAGUUAUCUGCUUCAAAGGUGAGCUUAAGCUGGCUAGUGUUUUGGUUAACGUGUGUCCCUGUAUUAUUUUUAUUUUAUUUAUUUUAUUUCUUCUUCUUCUUGUUGUACUUAGAUUUUUCGAGUGUUUUUUUAUUCUAAUUUUUCUCUUACUGGGUUUAUUUAUUAAUCUUAUCUAUGCACAAUCAGUAUCCUUUACUUGCUUUCAAAGUAUGUCUACAUUCACGCCUUUCGUUUGUUCAAUCACACCUCAAUCACGGCUCUUUUGUUUUUCAGCUAUACAGUCCCACAAUUUGCAUACAGUAACACAAAAGUUAGUUGUUUAAUGCUUUUAAACUAAUAUCGCUUAAUGUGAAGGGCUUAAGUAAUUUCCGCAAAAGAAGAACCAUCUUUCUCUGGUGUCGUAAAAGUAAGGCAGACUUGGUUUUUUUGCAAGAGACGCACUCGAUCGCUGCAACAGAGAAUCAGUGGAGAAAUGAAUGGGGUGCUGAGAUAAUAUCUUGCCAUGGUAGUUCAAAUGCGCGAGGUGUUGCGAUUUUGUUUAAAAAUGGUAUUGAUUGCAGCAUUAAUCAUAAAAUUGUAGACCCCGAGGGGCGAUACAUUAUUUUAAAAGCUUGCAUCCAAGAUAAAGUCUAUGUGCUGAUUAAUGUUUAUGCGCCGAACAAAGAUAAAGACCAAGUGAAUUUUUUCAACAAGCUACUUUCAAUUUUGAAAAAUGAAAAUCUGGAUUCUGUUGACAACAUUAUACUAGGAGGAGAUCUAAAUUGCCCACUCGAUCCAUUACUCGACAAAAAAGGCGGAGCAAGUAGAAAAAGGAAAUCAGUUAUCUCUUGUGUCGACGAUUUCAAAAGUAAAUUAGAUUUAGUAGAUAUUUGGAGAUCCAAAAAUCCUGACGCAAAAAGCUUUACAUGGAGUCAGAAAUCUCCCCCAGUGUUCUGUCGUCUCGAUUACUGGUUGAUAUCUAACAAUCUGAGCGAUUUUGUUGAAUUAGAGAAAAAGAUUAAAGUUAGAGAACGAAUUGAAAGGGCCAGGAAACUGGAAAAUGAACUGCUCACUGUUAGAUGAUGAAGAGUACGAAGAAGAUAUAGCCAGGAUGAUUCCACUUUGGACAGCAGAAGGACAGAAAGAAUUCACAGAUAAUCGAAUGAUAUGGGAUUGGGUUAAAUAUAACAUAAGAGCUCAUUCUAUUCAAUACUCUAAAAGAAAGGUAAAAGAAAGGGUGAAAAAGGAACUUGACCUUCAGGAAGAAUUAAGUAAAGCAAAGGGUAAACUUGAAGAUAAUCCAAACGACCAUAACACAACCCAUUAUAACGUAGUUCGGGAGAAGUUGGCGUCGUUUUACGAAGAAAAAACCAAAGACGUAAUAAUACGUGCAUAAAUGGUAAAACUACAACGGAUCCGCACUAUAUACUAAAAGAACAAGAGCGUUUUUACAGGGAAUUGUACAAAAGCAGCAUUAAUAGUCCUAAUAUAGGAGAGAAAAUAUCUUCAUUUUUGAACGAUCUGAAUAUUCCCCAACUUUCAGAGAAGCAAAAAAAUUCUUGUGAAGGAUUGAUUUCUCCGGAAGAAUGUUCUGAACUCUUGGACAGCUUCCAGAGUAAUAAAUCCCCUGGAAAUGAUGGCAUUCCAGCUGAAUUUUAUAGAAAAUUUGGGCCUUUAAUAAGCGAAAGUUUUAUCAGGUGCGCAAAUGAAUGUUUCGAAAAAGGGGACAUGUCAUGCUCAAAAAAACAGGCUGUAAUUACUCUGCUUGAGAAAAGCGGAAAAGAUCGCACUCUCCUCAAAAACUGGCGGCCGAUAUCUCUUGUUAAUGUAGAUACGAAAAUUAUGUCCAAGGUGAUCGCAGCAAGGGUUAAAAAGGUGUUACCCAGUAUCAUUCACUACAACCAGACGGGUUAUGUUAAAGAUCGUUUCACUGGUGAAGCAAUACGUUCUAUCUUCGAUAUUAUGGACUUCACAGCUAAGGAAAACAUCCCAGGUUUACUGUUGUUUAUAGAUUUUCAAAAGGCUUUUGAUAGUGUGGAAUGGGAAUUUCUCAUUGAGAGUCUUAAAAAGUUUAACUUUGGACGAGACUUCCUUCAAUGGGUGAAAACCUUUUAUAACAACAUUCAAAGCUGUGUUAUAAACAAUGGCGUUAGUUCUAACUUCUUUACUCUGGAACGUGGUGUUAGCCAAGGUGAUCCACUCUCUCCUUACUUAUUUAUAAUUGCUGUAGAAACUUUAGCAAUUGCCAUAAGGCAAAAAGAGUCAAUUAAAGCAAUCACAAUAGGAACCGAGGAAACUAAGCUUUUACAGUUUGCAGACGAUACAACCGCUGUGUUAGCUGACACAAGCUCGGCCGAAAGGUUAUUUGAACUACUUAACAAAUUCGAAAUCAUCUCUGGACUCAAGAUUAACUGUUCAAAAACUGAAGGUAUGUGGAUUGGAUCUAAGAGACAUUAUAAAGAAAAACCAUUCGGUGUUAAAUGGCCGGACGAGCUAAUAAAAGCUCUAGGUGUGUAUUUUACUUACGACCAAAAAUUGCUUAAAGAAAAGAAUUUUAUAGAACGACUGGAUUCAAUUAAAAAACUUAUUAAUAUAUGGUCCGCUAGAGGCUUAUCGAUAUACGGUAAGGUGACAAUAAUCAAAUCUUUUCUUAUCCCCAAGUACAUUUACGUUUGUUCGAUUCUUCCAACUCCCAAUGAAUUGCUAAAAGAAUUGAAUAAAAUACAGUUUAAAUUUCUCUGGAAAGGUGUAGAUAAGGUAACAAGAGCUUCAGUUAUAAAUGAAUACGAAGAGGGAGGGCUAAGAAUGGUUGAUCUCGAGUGCAUGGUUAAAUCAUUGAGAUUAGCUUGGUUAAAACGUAUCUUCAGUGGGACUAAUGGAACUUGGAAAAGCUACCUACAACACAUAAUGGGCUCCGUUGGGGGAUUGUUCUUUUUUAACUGCAACUAUGAUAUCUCGGAUUACACAAUUCCUUCUCAAUUCUAUCGGGAACUUUUGUUAUGGUGGUCGCAAUUUCGUGAAACGUUUGCCAGUGAAGAAGACUGGAAAACCAUAAUCUGGAAUAACAAAGAAAUAAAAGUAGAAAACAAGCCGGUUUAUUAUAAACAUUAUGUUAAUGCGAGAGUCAUUUCCAUUCAAGAUCUUUUAGUUAGUCUAAACAGCACUGAUUCUUAUAAU